UGUGACUGUGGAUCCUUCAAGCAGUGCUAUGACAACACAUGUUGUGAAAGCUCCUGUGUCUUUACGCCCGGUAGCAUUUGCGAUGGGCAAGUCUGCUGCGGGAACUGCACCUAUGCCCCUGCAGGGACGCUCUGCAGAGGCGUGCUCAAUAUCUGUGACCUUCCAGAGUACUGCGGUGGAAGCACAUUCUUCUGUCCAGAAAACCUGUAUCUGCAGAACGGAACCCCGUGCACCGAAGAGGGCUACUGUUACAACGGAAACUGUACUGACCGCACCAUGCACUGCAGAGAAAUCUUUGGAAGAAACACCAGAAAGGGUGAUGAUAUCUGCUAUCAAAUGAACACAAAGGCCAGCAGAUUUGGGCAUUGUAACAGGAGAUAUGUAGGACUCGCAUUUGAGAGGUGUCCAAUAAGCGACAUUCUUUGCGGAAGGCUGCAGUGUAGCAAUGUAACCCACCUUCCCCGGGUGGAUGAACAUGUUUCAUUCCAUCAGUCUAAGCUUGGAGACUCUUGGUGCUUUGGACUAGAUGAGCACCGUGGUGCAUUCGCUCGGGACCUUGGAUUUGUGCGAACUGGUACUCCCUGUGCUCCAGGAAAAUACUGUCAUUAUCGUCGCUGCAAUAACACUGUGCAAAAAAUAAACUACGACUGUACACCAGAGAAGUGUAAUUUUAGGGGAGUUUGCAACAACAAAAGGCAAUGUCACUGUCAUACAGGUUGGUCUCCUCCACUGUGCCUAUCAAGAGGUGCCGGUGGCAGUGAGGAAAGUGGACCACCUCCGAGA